AUGAAGGACGAUCUUUACUUUAAUCUCGAUCAUGGCUAUGCUGAAGGCUUAUGUCGUGGUUUUAAAAGCGGUAUUUUAAAAGCAGCAGAUUAUCACAAUUUAGUACAAUGUGAAACACUUGAGGAUUUAAGACUUCAUUUACAAUCUACUGAUUAUGGGAAUUUUUUGGCCAAUGAAGCAAGUCCUUUAACUGUGAAUGUUAUUGAUGAUCGUCUACGUGAAAAAACUGUUCAAGAAUUUCAACAUUUACGUAAUGUUUCCUAUGAGCCAUUAUCAACAUUCCUUGAUUAUAUAACAUAUGCUUAUAUGAUUGACAAUAUUGUCUUACUAAUCACGGGUACUCUUCAUCAACGUGCCAUUGGUGAUCUUUUACCGCGUUGUCAUCCUUUGGGUAGUUUUGAACAACUUGGCGCUAUUACUGUUGCCGAUACACCAGCACAACUCUACACAGCCGUACUAGUCGAUACGCCAUUGGCUCCAUAUUUUAUUGAUUGUAUCUCUGAACAUGAUCUUGAUGAAUUGAAUGUUGAAAUCAUUCGUAGCACACUUUACAAGGCUUACCUUGAAGAUUUUUAUAAUUUUUGCGAGAAACUUGGUGGCAUUACAGCUGAGGUGAUGUGUGAAAUACUUGCCUUCGAAGCUGAUCGCCGCGCAUUUAUGAUAACAAUAAACUCAUUUGAUACAGGUCUGACACAAGAUGAACGAGCAAAACUCUAUCCAACGUGUGGUCAUUUACAUCCAGAUGGUUUACAAGAAUUAAGACGUACAGAUAGUUAUGACGCUGUAAGAGAUGUUGCAGCUCAUUAUCCUCAAUAUAAACUAUUAUUCGAAGGCGCUGGAACAAACACAGGCGAUAAAACAAUUGAAGAUAAAUUUUUUGAGCAUGAAGUUAAACUUAAUAUGAAUGCAUUUCUUCGUCAAUUCCAUUUUGGUAUAUUUUAUGCGUAUUUAAAAUUAAAAGAACAAGAGAAUCGAAAUAUUAUUUGGAUUGGUGAAUGUAUCGCACAAAAACAUCGUGCACGAAUCGACAAUUAUGUACCAAUCUUCUAA